AUGGGAAGAUACUUACUUGGAAUACUUUUACUUCUGAAAUAUUGCAUUUGCAGUGAUAUGCAGGACUUUGAUGGAGACAUCAAGGACUUUGUAGUUGGUGACAGAAAGUUAUUUGUUCUUACUGACCAUCGACUACAUCAGAUGAGACACGAUCUAUAUGAGGAGAAGAGGAAAGACAUCACUAGAGUUAACAUUCUGGUGGCUUUUGAUCUGAACGGCACCCUGAUAACAUGUGGGACUUUUGAAGAUGGAUAUUGUGAAGUUCUUGAUAUAAAUGACAUUACUGACAGUAUUCAUUAUGAAAGUAAUAUAUUGGUAGGACCGCGACAGAAUGAGAAAUCUGUUGCCUUCAUAAGUGGUAGGUACCUUUUGGUUGGGAAAAAGGAUGACGAUGUAAAAGCUCAAGAUACCAUAUAUUCUGUUGUUAGCUUGCGGAGCACUUUAGAGUCUCAAAAAGGUGGGAUUUUCUCAAAAACAGCGGAACUAUCAGAUGCCGUCAUUCAGAGCACAACGAGAGAUGUGGAGUUUGUUGAUGGAUUCCAGAGAGUUUCGCCCUCAGAAUCCUAUUUAUUUCUCAAUGCAAAGACUGACAGUGAGAGGAAAGUGCUCGUCCUGUGGAUGAACAGCUCUAAAGGGAAAAAGAUAGACAUAAUCAAAUCCCUACAGGCUGCAACGAUACGAUGCUGCAGUGAUAAAGUUCGUCCAGUGCUCGUCGCCUGCACCGUUAUUCCCUCAGUGAACCGUGUUAUUUGGGCAGGUGUGUUCAGUGCGCAGAAUCAGCAGGAUCCGGAGAACAGCGCGCUGGCUCUGUACGACAUCAGUAACCUUCAAGGCCGAGUGAAGGGCUUCUGCGCUUACGGUGAAAAAUGUGAUUCUGAGAGUGGUAGUGAACUUCAGCCACUCUCUGUGGUGUUCAAAUACAGCUCAAUGUCAGCAGUGGCAGCAACGAGCAUUGAAUCCUGGAUUGUGCUGUUCAUAGGAACCAGUGAUGGCCAACUCAUAAAGCUGAUGUUGGAUGAGAAAUUCACACCAGGAUGUCCAAUAGUGCUGUACAAAUCUGAUGAUGAACGAGCAGUGCUUCCCAGAAUGCACUUUGAUCCAGUAGAUUUCAAACACAUCUACAUCGCUCUGAAGAAACAGUUAAGAAGAGUGUCUGUGGUUGAGUGUGCUAAAUACAGCACUCUAAUAGACUGCAGAGCUGCUCUGGAUCCUCUCUGCGGCUGGUGUGUGAAAACACAGAGAUGCUCCACCCAAGAUGAAUGUUCGAAAUCUUCAUGGGUGUCCACCCCAAAAAACUCCCUUCAGGAAAAGCUGUUUUCUUUUCAGGUUUGGGCAGAGAAAUCUUCCAGCAAGAUUACUCUACAUCUUUCCUUGAGUCUGGAGAGCACAGGAAAUCCCACCUUCUCAUGCACCUUCACCACAGGAAGUGUAAAACUGUGUGACGGGUCUGAUCUGAAUGCAGUUUUUCCAAACUGCAACUGUAGUUUUUCUGACCAGCUACUAUAUACUACAGGUUUAAACAUCUCAGCUGAAGUGGCUCUUGGGGAUCAGAAGAUCACAGAGACACUGGUGCUGAAAGACUGCCUGAAUAUCAAAGAUAAUUCACCAAGUGCUUCUUAUACACAGUGUGUUCAGUGUAUCUCAGCUGGGUGUCACUGGUCCUCAUCCUCCAAGCGUUGUGAAUGGGCACAUGGACCUGGACCCCAGUUAAACAUACAGGAUGCAUGUAAUGAUGUGCUCUAUGAGAUGGAAUAUGAAAAGCCAGAUAUUCUGUCUCUGGAGCCGAACAAGGCUUCUUUCCAUGGCAGAAACAACGUGUCUUUAAGAGGAAGGAACCUGGAAGCUGUUACUAAAAUCCGUAUUCAAGGGGAUCUGGACUGCAUUCCUAAAGAAUCUCCAGUGUUCGAUCGCUCCAGUGACACUUUAAGGUUCCACAUUCCUCCCAGUGGAACUAAAGGAACAGUGAAAGUGUGUGUUGUUACUCCUGACGACCGUUGUCAUGGUAACAGCAUCAUCACUUACAGUUCUCAGCCCAGCUGCACUGGAAUACAGCCCACAGUCAGCUGGUGGAGUGGUGGAAGGAAGAUUCGUGUUCAGGGGAGCAAUCUGGAAUUUGUUGAGUCAAUUAAUGUCAGCAAGCAGUCAUAUUCUCAACAUGUUCUGAAAACACAAUACAACACAAGCUCAGGGGACGUGUGGUUUCACUCCCACCAUUGUUCUUAUUCUGAAUGUGGUUUAUUCAGCUUGAAUGUUGGGAACUCCAGUGUGGACUGUAAGUAUUUGUCCUUCGAGUAUAAUCCGAGAUUCACUGGAUUCACCACCUUACAGGUGGCCAAUGAUCUACAGGUGAAUAUUAAGAAAAGGGCAGAUAUGCUGAAUUUGAGUAUGAAUGAGGUGACUGUGACGGGUCUACAUGGAGAUCAGAAGUAUCAGUGUGUUCUGGAGAUUAUUGAGUCCUAUUCUGUUAUCUGUAAGAUUAAAGGAGAAUUUGGAGCCAUCUCAACAGUGGACAACCUCAGUAUCAGCGUUGGGGAAUUUUAUAUCAUCCUACGAGAAGAAAGACCAGAGUAUUUGCAUUUUUUUUCUAUAGUAUUUUCUUUAAUAUUCUUAUUCUUUUUUCUUAUCUUUUGCAUAUUAUUAUUUAUUUUUCGGGUUUAA